UGGAUGUGAGCAGGAGUGGCGCUCCGAGGGGUUUAAAAAGGUAGCGCCACCAAACUUUGGCGCAACAGAACCUCUGAACUUCCAGUGGAAACCAACAGGAUGGAUGUCAGAAAGCGACCCAGAAUGAGGGACACCAUGCUGGCUCUGCUCCUUGCCGUCCUGCAGGGUCUUCCCAUCGGUGAAGCAGCCCCGAACCCCUCACCGCUGCUUGGAUCCAACUGGGGGAACCCCAGGAGAUACGUCCACCUUCAGACCUCCACGGACUUCAACACCUUCUACCUGGAGAUCAGACUGGACGGCACUGUGUGCAGAGCCACAGCCAGAACAUCUUACAGUGUAAUUCUUCUAAAAGCUGAAACACGGGAGCGAAUGGCCAUCUUCGGCGUCAAAAGCAACCGCUACUUGUGCAUGGAUUUGGAGGGCAACCCUUUCACCUCGCCUGUGUGUCUGAGGGAGGAAUGUCUGUUCAACCACAAGCUUCUGGAGAAUAACCGGGAUGUGUACUACUCCACCCGGACCGGCAUCCUGUUCAACUUGGAAGGCUCCCGGCAGGUGUACUCAAUGGGUCAGAAUCUGCCGCAGACCGCCCUCUUCCUACCCAAGAAAAACACAGUGCCGCUGGAGCGCCUCUUGCUGCACAGAGAAAAGAGGAACCGAGUGGUUGAUCCCUCAGACCCACACAAUGUCCUGCUGGGGCAGGCAGAGGAGGGCUCAGACUCCCAGGCUGUGCGAGAGGAUGACGGCGAGCUGGAGGUGGAGAUCGAGGUCGGGGAUGACGGCAUCAACGUUUCCAGGGAGACGCUGCAACAGGCUCCGUCCAACCAAGACCCCUGGAACGUUCAGUCUUUUAGACAGACUGGUCCAAGGAACACCGGCUCCGUGGGCUGAGCUUAGAGGGACAAACUACUUCUAGCUUAGGCCAAACUGCUGGUGGAUCAUGUAGAAACACAGCGUGUUGAUACAAUGAAAACGCAGCAUAUCACUUGAGCUAUCGAUUUUGCACAAUUUAUAUUGUAUUUAAAUAAUCUGUAACAUUUGCGAAGAUGGGAUAAUUAGAUAGAUUUUUUUAACAUUUUAGUUUAGUUAGUUUAAAUGUAAUUUAAUUCUGUUAAAACACCAAAGCUAAACCAUAUUCCACAUAUUUAGUUGGUAUCUUUUCCAAAAACAACAAAAUUCAGUAGAGAGAAUAUUUUCAAAUGUGUUUGAGAACUUUUUGGGUUUCUUCCCAGACUAACAAACCCACAAAGAUGUUUUUCCAAGGCAGAAAUCCUAAUUUAUCCUACCUCUGGAGGACCAAAGUGUACAUAUAAAUACAUGUAGGCAAAGCUUCCAUUACAGUUAGGGUUUUAAUUAAAUGCUUUUCCAUUUCAGAUAUCG